AUGCCCCCCCACCGCCCCGACGCAACCGCCCUCCUCGACACGCGCGGCUACACCGGCGCCCUCAUCCGCGGCGCCAACCCCGCCCACCUCAUCGAAAAAGCCGUGCGCGACCGCAUAACCGAAAGCUUCUACUGGAAAGAGCAAUGUUUCGGGCUCAACGCCGCCACGCUCUGCGACCGCGCCGUCGAACUGGACUGCGUAGGCGGCACAUACGGGGAUCAGGGCCGGCCGACGCCGUUCCUGUGCUUGGCGUUCAAGAUGCUGCAGAUUAUGCCGCCGCGGGAGAUUGUGCUUGAGUUUUUGAAUUUCGCUGAGGGAGAUGCGGAGGAUGAAGGGGAUGGCCACUUCAAGUACCUCCGCGUGCUGGCGGCCUUCUACAUCCGCCUGACCUGGGAGCCCGUGGACAUCUACAACACGCUCGGCGCGCUGCUCGCGGACCCGCGCAAGAUCCGGCGGCGGACGCGCAACGGGUUCAGUCUCACGUACGUCGACCAGCUGGUGGAUGAGAUGCUGAGCAAGGAUCGGAUGUUUGCGACGAGUCUGUGGAAGAUGCCGGUGCGCUCGCAGCUGGAGGAUAUGGAUUUGCUUGAGGCGUAUGUGAGUCCGUUGCAGGGCGAGGUGGAUGCGAUGGACGACGACGACGACGACGACAGGUCUUUGCGGAGCGUCGGGUCUGGAGCCGUGGGAUCGAGAUCACCGUCUUCGUCAGGGUCACGGUCACGGUCACGGUCACAGUCAAGACCACGGUCAAGACCACAGUCAAGCCCACGGUCACAGUCGCCAGUCUGA